CUAGAAGCUAAUCCUCAGUAUAUGAAUAAACUCGGAGUUGUCGAAGAGUCAUGGAAAUUUAUAGACAUUUUUAGUUUGGAUGAUGAUAUGCUUGCAUUUGUACCAGAACCCGUGAUAAGCCUAUUAUUUUUAUAUCCUCUUGAAACUUCCAUUGAAAAUGCUUCAUUAGGUGUUGAGGAUAACUCAUCCAAAGUUGUUUUGAUCAAACAAACGGUCGGUAAUGCUUGUGGAACUAUAGCUAUAUUACAUGCCAUAGUAAAUAAUAAACAACAUUUAAGCAUCAAAGAUGGUUCCUUUUUGAGCAGCGUUUUAAAGGAAUUCGAAAAUAAGACACCUGCUGAACGUGGAGUUAUCAAAGAAAUUUCUGCAUUGCAUGAGAAGUCAGCAUUAGAAGGUCAAACAGAAGCACCAAACGCUGAGUCAAAAACUAAUUUGCACUUUGUAUGUUUUGUUGAGCAUGACGGAUCUCUAUAUGAACUCGAUGGUCGAAAAAAUGCACCUGUUCUCCAUGGAUCGAUAACAUCAGCUGGUUUUCUGAAGGAUGCAUGCAAUGUAGUCAAAAAGUUCAUCACUCGUUUACCUGGAAGUGUAGAAUUCAGUUUGAUGGGAUUAUGUUCUGAUAAUAACUGA